AUGUUGCCAUCCCAACAUUACCUCCCACUUCACUGACCAGUGCCACUACUGACCAUCUAGCACCAGCCACAACUGGACCACUGCCUUCAGCUCCUCGGGAUGUCGUGGCCUCCUUGGUCUCUACCCGCUUCAUCAAAUUGACAUGGCGGACACCUGCAUCAGAUCCUCAUGGGGACAACCUUACCUACUCUGUCUUCUACACCAAGGAGGGGAUUGCUAGGGAACGUGUUGAAAAUACCAGUCGCCCCGGAGAAAUGCAGGUAACCAUCCAAAACCUAAUGCCAGCGACUGUGUACAUCUUUAGAGUUAUGGCUCAAAAUAAACAUGGCUCCGGAGAGAGUUCAGCUCCACUACGAGUAGAAACACAGCCUGAGGUUCAGCUCCCUGGCCCAGCACCUAACAUCCGAGCAUAUGCAACUUCACCUACUUCCAUUACUGUCACCUGGGAAACACCAUUGUCUGGAAAUGGGGAAAUUCAGAAUUACAAACUGUACUACAUGGAAAAAGGAACUGAUAAAGAACAGGAUGUUGAUGUUUCAAGUCACUCCCACACCAUUAAUGGGUUGAAAAAAUAUACAGAGUAUAGUUUCCGAGUGGUGGCCUACAAUAAACAUGGUCCUGGAGUCUCCACACAAGAUGUUGCUGUUCGAACAUUUUCAGAUGUUCCCAGUGCUGCUCCUCAGAAUCUGUCUUUAGAAGUAAGAAAUUCAAAGAGUAUUGUGAUUCACUGGCAGCCACCUCCUCCAGCCACACAGAAUGGGCAGAUUACUGGCUAUAGGGUUCGCUACCGAAAGGCGUCCCGAAAGAGCGAUGUCACUGAGACGUUGGUGACUGGGACACAGCUGUCACAGCUGAUUGAAGGUCUUGAUCGUGGGACUGAAUAUAAUUUCCGAGUGGCUGCUCUAACAAUCAAUGGUACAGGCCCUGCUACUGACUGGCUGUCUGCUGAAACUUUUGAAAGUGACUUAGAUGAAACUCGUGUCCCCGAAGUGCCUAGUUCUCUUCACGUCCGCCCACUUGUCACUAGCAUCGUAGUAAGCUGGACACCUCCGGAGAAUCAGAACAUUGUGGUCAGAGGUUAUGCCAUUGGUUAUGGCAUUGGCAGCCCUCAUGCCCAGACCAUAAAAGUGGACUAUAAACAGCGCUAUUACACCAUCGAAAAUCUGGAUCCCAGCUCUCACUAUGUGAUUACCCUGAAAGCAUUUAACAAUGUGGGUGAAGGUAUCCCCCUCUAUGAGAGUGCUGUGACCAGACCUCACACAGACACUUCUGAAGUUGAUUUAUUUGUUAUUAAUGCUCCAUACACUCCAGUGCCAGAUCCUACUCCCAUGAUGCCACCAGUGGGAGUUCAGGCUUCCAUUCUGAGUCAUGACACCAUAAGGAUUACAUGGGCAGACAACUCACUGCCCAAACACCAGAAGAUUACAGACUCCCGAUACUACACAGUCCGAUGGAAAACGAACAUCCCAGCAAACACCAAGUAUAAGAAUGCUAAUGCAACGACUUUGAGUUAUUUGGUGACUGGUUUAAAACCAAAUACACUCUAUGAAUUCUCUGUGAUGGUGACUAAAGGUCGAAGAUCAAGCACAUGGAGUAUGACAGCACAUGGGACCACUUUUGAAUUCGUUCCUACUUCUCCACCCAAGGAUGUGACAGUUGUGAGUAAAGAGGGAAAACCUAGGACCAUAAUUGUAAAUUGGCAGCCUCCCUCUGAAGCCAAUGGCAAAAUUACAGGUUACAUCAUAUAUUACAGUACGGACGUGAAUGCAGAGAUACACGACUGGGUUAUUGAGCCUGUUGUGGGAAACAGGCUGACUCACCAGAUACAAGAAUUAACACUUGACACACCAUACUACUUUAAAAUCCAAGCUCGGAACUCAAAGGGCAUGGGGCCCAUGUCUGAAGCUGUCCAGUUUAGAACACCCAAAGCGGACUCCUCUGAUAAAAUGGCUAAUGAUCAAGCCUCAGGGUCUGCAGGGAAAGGAAGCCGUCUGCCAGACCUAGGAUCCGACUACAAACCUCCGAUGAGCGGCAGUAACAGCCCUCAUGGAAGCCCCACCUCUCCUCUAGACAGUAACAUGCUGCUGGUCAUCAUCGUUUCCGUUGGCGUCAUCACCAUCGUGGUGGUCGUGAUCAUCGCUGUCUUUUGCACCAGGCGUACCACUUCUCACCAGAAAAAGAAACGAGCUGCUUGCAAAUCAGUGAAUGGCUCCCACAAGUACAAAGGGAACUCCAAAGAUGUCAAACCCCCAGACCUCUGGAUCCAUCAUGAGAGACUGGAGCUGAAACCCAUUGAUAAGUCUCCAGACCCAAACCCCAUCAUGACUGAUACUCCAAUUCCUCGUAACUCUCAAGAUAUCACACCGGUUGACAAUUCCAUGGACAGCAACAUCCAUCAAAGGCGGAAUUCAUAUAGAGGGCAUGAAUCAGAGGACAGCAUGUCUACACUGGCUGGAAGGCGGGGAAUGAGACCAAAAAUGAUGAUGCCCUUUGACUCCCAGCCACCCCAGCCUGUGAUUAGUGCCCAUCCCAUCCAUUCCCUCGAUAACCCUCACCAUCAUUUCCACUCCAGCAGCCUCGCUUCUCCAGCUCGCAGUCAUCUCUACCACCCGGGCAGCUCAUGGCCCAUUGGCACAUCCAUGUCCCUUUCAGACAGGGCCAAUUCCACAGAAUCUGUUCGAAACACCCCCAGCACUGACACCAUGCCAGCCUCCUCGUCUCAGACAUGCUGUGCUGAUCACCAGGAUCCUGAAGGUGCUACCAGCUCCUCUUACUUGGCCAGCUCCCAAGAGGAAGAUUCAGGCCAGAGUCUUCCUACAGCCCACGUUCGCCCUUCCCACCCACUGAAGAGCUUUGCUGUGCCAGCAAUCCCUCCCCCAGGCCCUCCCACCUAUGAUCCAGCAUUGCCAAGCACACCGUUACUAUCCCAGCAAGCUCUAAAUCAUCACAUCCACUCGGUGAAGACGGCCUCCAUCGGGACUUUAGGAAGGAGCCGGCCUCCUAUGCCAGUGGUGGUUCCCAGUGCCCCUGAAGUGCAGGAGACCACAAGGAUGCUGGAAGACUCCGAGAGUAGCUAUGAACCAGAUGAGCUGACCAAAGAGAUGGCCCACCUGGAAGGACUGAUGAAGGACCUAAAUGCCAUCACGACAGCAUGACGACCUUGACCGGGACGUGACUCCAGACCUGAGUCUAGAAGUCUUGGGACUUAGCCUUGAAAACAAGGAGUUGUACAGAGCACGAGAAGACAGCACUUGAAAACACAGAGUGAGCAGGCCGCGUGGCCAGCACCCCCGCAUGGGGCCAGCUCCAGGCCUGGCCACCUGCCUUCUCCUGGUCCAGGCCUGGAAGAUGCUGUGUCAAGGCAGCUUCCCUUUGCCUGCCAAUACCCUGCAGGACUGGGCACCAUGGGCCAAAAUUUUGUGUCCAGGGAAGAGGCAAGAAGUGCAACCUCUGUUUCACUUUGUGGUCAGGCUGUGUCUUCAUGCUGCGGCAGCAUCGCCUUUAUGGAGUGUAGACGUUGGCAUUUAUGUACAAUUUUAUUUGUGUCCUAUUUUAUUUUACCUUCAAAAGAAAAACACUAUCAAAAACCAAGGAAGUCUGUGGUAUUCUCCACAAGUGGUUGACGUUUGACUACUUGUUUGAAUUAUGUAUGGAAAGUCAUUGACAGUGUGGGUUGUUCCAGGGGUUGGCUUGUUUUGUGUUUUUGUUUUUAUUUUUGAUUCUGAGUCAUUGCAUCCUCUACCAGCUGUUAAUCCAUCACUUUGAGAGGGGGGAGGAAAUGUUGCAUUGCUGUUUGUAAGCUUUUUUAUUUUUUUUAUUAUAAUUAUUAAAGGCCUGACUUUCUUCUCAUCACUGUGAGAUUACAGAUCUAUCUGAAUGAAAUGUAACAUUGAAAA